UCUGUUUUCGUUCGGGCUGCAGAGGAAGAAGAGCUGCAGAGGAGGAGGAAGAGCGUUUCUCACCAUGUUUCUCUGCUUGUGUCUAAUCUGGACACAGCUGCUGGUCACAGAAUCAUCUUCUGAUGGCUCCUCACCGUUCCGCCACUCGGGUCGAUUUCCCCCAUCUCUGUAUGCUCAGGACGAUGUGAACAAACUGCCAGAGUCCCACCACCUCCACCAUCAUCAUCAUCACCAUCAGCGCCCUGCCAGGUUAGCCAAAGGGAUACCGGAUGCUCUGUUUCAUCAGGAGCACCCUGGCCAGCGAAGCCUCAACCUGCUGGCGCGACCGCAUCACGAGGCGCAUCACGAGGCGCCGCCGGAGCGCGCCGCCGUCUCUGCACGACACCUGGUUACUGUGUACCUGGCUGUGGAUGUGAGGAGGCUGAACGUCAGUCUUCUUCGGUGGUUUCGAGAAGGCGUGGCGGCGGCGCUGGGCGUUCCUGUAGGACACGUCCACAUCAACCAGCUGAAUGAGAAGAAGAAUGGCAUCGAGCUUUUUGUGUCCUCUGAUAGGCUGGGGAUCUCUGAGCCCCGCCUUGCCGAGGAGGUCAUCCAAUCACUGAACGUCAGGGUGCUUCAUCGCCACCUGGGACACUUUGGCAUCACUGAGGUCUCCACUGAGAAAAACGUCCUCCAGGGCGAGCAGAGGGACCACGUGUGGAGCAGUGAAGGCUUUUACGCCAUCCUCCUCUUCUUCACUGUCUUCGUCAUUGUCAUCACCUGCUUGAUGGUUUUAUACCGACUGAAGGAAAAGGUGCAGGUUUCGGAUAGACAGCUGAAAGCCCCGCCCCCUGACCUCCACCUAACCCCGACAGUGCCUCCAGACCCUGCCCAGAGGUCAAAGGGCACCAAGGUGGUCACGUCAGGAAGCAUGGUCCAAGCUGAGCUUCCGCCUGCUGUAGCCACACCCAUUCCCAAGCAGCAGCCAAUCGCAGCCUGCUACCACCUCGCUCCUCCUGUCGUCCCGCUGCCAAGCCCCGCCCCCGCACCUGUACCCAUCAUCUGCAGCACCAAUCACACACCCCCACCCAGCGCCGCCCCAGUUACAGCCAGUAACGAGCUAAAGCCCUGCCCCUCCCCCUUCAGGAUGAAACCAGCUGCAGGUCUGCAAGAAAGACGGGGCUCUAACGUCUCUCUGGUGUUGGACAUGUCUGCUCUCGGCACUGUGGAGCCCCUUAAUGUCGCUGUGGUAACCCCCAGAGAGGCGGCGGCUCGGGAGUACCUGCUGUCGGCCGGCCGGCCGCUCACUCGACAGCAGCUGCGCGACAUCAUCAACAACACGCACAAGCUGCACGCCGAGUUCGCCGAAAUCCCAAUGAAUUUCAUUGAUCCCAAGGAGCUGGAUAUUCCAAAUCACGGGACCAAGAACAGAUAUAAGACCAUAUUGCCCAACCCUCAUUCCAGAGUGAUCUUAAAGUCAAAGAGCUCCAACGACCUGCUGAGCACCUACAUCAAUGCUAACUACAUACGGGGUUACUUAGGGGAUGACAAGUCAUACAUUGCCACUCAGGGUCCCAUGGUGAACACGGUGAAUGACUUCUGGCAGAUGGCCUGGCAAGAGGAGUCGCCAGUUAUCGUCAUGAUAACCAAACUGAAGGAGAAGAACGAGAAGUGUGUUCUGUACUGGCCAGAGAAGAGAGGGAUCUACGGGAAGGUUGAAGUGUUGGUGAACAGCAUCCGAGAGUGUGAACACUACACCACUCGCAGCCUCACACUCAAGUGUGGGAAUCAAACCCGUACACUGCAGCAUUACUGGUACACAUCGUGGCCGGACCACAAAACCCCGGACUCAGCGCUGCCGCUGCUGCAGCUGAUGGCCGAUGUUGAGGCGGACAGACGGACUGCUGCCGCUGUGGGACCCAUCAUAGUCCACUGCAGCGCUGGGAUUGGCCGGACAGGAUGCUUCAUCGCUACGACGUUAGGCUGCCGGCAGCUGCAGCUGGAGGGAGUGGUGGAUGUCCUGAGCAUCACCUGCCAGCUCCGAGCCGACAGAGGAGGGAUGAUCCAAACAGUUGAGCAGUAUGAGUUUGUCCAUCAUGCCUUGAGCCUAUAUGAGGCCCGCCUAUCUGCAGAAACCGACCAGUGAGGAUUUGCCACCUUACGAGGGUGCAGGUUUAACCUGGAAGUGUGCUAAAUCAGCAAGUCCUCUGCAGGUAUGAACUGAGGUUUGGCAAUUCUGAGUCGAGGAAAUUCUGGAGGAAGUCUUUGAAUUUGAUGGAAAACAUGGACAAUCAAACAGGACAGUUUUGGGAAGAAUCUGCUAAAGGAAAAAUGGAAUGUAUUCAUCUUUGUUUUUUCUUUUUCAUCGAACUCUGUGGACCCGUCCACGUCACUUCUCUUAACCAACUGACUGUUGGGGCGUGUUUUAACUAACCAGACUGUCUCAUAACGUCGUUUAAAAACUGUUCGAGUUACUGAAAUUGAUGGUACAUUGUUCAGUAACACUAAUGUGUUUCUGUGUCUUAUAGAAUUUUAAUUUUUUGGUAAUGUGGUGUUUUUAUAAAAAAAAUGGCUACUGAAAAACGACUGUUAGCUGGCUGCACCAUGGUUCAACUAUUACAGCACUGUUGACCCAACACUUACAGCCCUGUUUGUGACCUCAGCAUGCCACUUAUUACUCUGUAAUUCAGUCACCGCGUAUUUCCUACUCUGUUAAUUAGCACUGGGUUUUCUUUUCACAGUCUCAAUGAUGUCUCGACUGUUGCGCGUUAAACUUCUCAGAGAUGCCAAAAAAAACACGUGAAAUUGACAUCAAAUAGGGCUAAUGCUAAUUUCUGAUACAUCAACACCUGGCAUUGUUAGAUAGGUAAGCUAAUGGAUAGACAACUAACAAACUGAUCAAUAGUUGCCUAUUAUAAAAGCAACACUUCAUUUUUAUUUCUGCAAUUUUCCCAGCUAGUGCUAAGGUCCCAAAUGGUGCUACUUCAAGCCACAUGCUAAAAGCUAGCAAACCAUAUUAAUGCUAAUUUCCUGCAAAGCUAUAGUUCUUGUAGUAAAGCAAAACAAUUAGUGGCAGAUUCUAGUUCCAAUAGUUUUAUUGCUUUAAUGUUAAUAAAUAUAUACUAACCAGUUAGCUCUAACUAGUGCAUUAUGCUAAUGCAAUAUUUUUGUUAAAACAAUUAAAUCUAGCAUUUUACUGCUAAGCCAAGCUUGUAUAAUACUGGCAACAAUUAUUUAUGUACUAUUCAUCAAGUACAGCUCCAGAGAAGCUUUGGCAGCAAUGCCAAGUCUUAGUAAUGUGAUAGCUGUAAUUUUUCGAUGCUGAAGAAAUAAUUAUUUUUCUUAAUCACCUAGCUAAUACCCUUAGAAAUACCAAUGACUAAUACAAAAAACAAAUACAUAGGGAAAUGGAAAAUGGUGACUCACAAGGUGUCUCACAAGUAGUGUGGUUAAUUGUUAAAUUCA